AUGAAACGGAUAUUUGCAAGAGGAAAUAAUGCCCUAAUCGUACGGAAUUACAGUGACAGUGAGCAGUUCAAAUAUCGCCCCAAUUUGCUGCAUCAUCGUGCGAAGAAGACCGGGAAAAGUGUGGAGGAGAUAAUUAAAAAUGCAAAUCGUGUUCCGAUCCCGGCGAUGAAAGGCGAGCCGCUUUUCGGUGUCCACUCUGUCAUCGCCGCUCUCACGGCUCAGCGCAGAAAGCCCCAUGUGCUGUAUAUGAAAGAAUCUGUUCGAGCAAGAGCCGAGUCGAACGAAACGCUCAACCGUUUGCUGACACUCGCCGAGGAGAGGAAACUGCCUAUUCGACCCUUAGCACACGAUCAACUCGAUAGGAUUACUCAAUUUCAACUACACAAUGGAGUUGUGCUCGAUUGUGGCCCUCUCACCUUCGCACCGCUAACUGACAUGGUAGAGGUGGGAUUUUUGGUGUUUCUGGAUCGGGUACUCGAUCCAGGGAAUGUGGGCGCGCUUGCUAGGACUAUCGCUUUCUUUGGCGGCUCGGGAAUCGCAUAUGCGCUCGAUCGAGGUCCCCAUACGAUUACCCCAUCGAUGAGCAAAGCCUCAGCCGGUGCGCUUGAGUAUCUGCCCGUGGUCACAGCUUCAACUUCAUCAGAGUUCUUUGAGAAAUGUCACUCCAAAGGAUAUUUCGUCGUUGGGACGGCCGAUCCAGGCUCAGCAAUUGCGAAAAACAGAAAUGUACUCGAUAUUUCUGACUUCAAACCACCACCUCGACGCCCGAUUGUUGUUGUUAUGGGUGAUGAGGGAACGGGUAUUAGUCCUGAAGUGUCAUCUCGUUGUGACGCGUUUGUCUCGAUUGGUUCUCCACAAAUUCAAAACGUCCCUUCACUCAAUGUUUCAGUGGCUGCAGGAGUUCUUCUACAUCAUCUUUGGCUGUCAUUGAAAGAGAGACUUGAA